AUGCCAUCUUAUGCCAAGUUCUUCAAAGACACCUUAUCAAAGAAGAAAAGGCUAGAGGACUAUGAGACUGUUGCUCUUACAGAGAAAUGCAGUGCCAUAUUGCAGAACAAGCUACCACCAAAACUCAAGGAUCCAGGAAGCUUCUCCAUACCUUGUCUUGUUGGUGACAUGAAUAUAGAUAAAGCCCUCUGUGAUCUAGGUGCAAGUGUGAGUCUAAUGCCUUUGUCAAUCUUUAAGAAGCUUGAUGUGGGAGAGCUUAAGCCUACAACAAUUUCAUUACAACUGGCUGAUCAAUCUAUGAAAUACCUUGUGGGCAUACUGGAAAACAUCCCUAUUAAAGUGGGAAAAUUUUUUAUCCCAGUUGAUUUUGUUAUACUGGAAAUGGAGGAGGAUGUCCAAAUCCCUAUAAUCCUUGGAGAAAUCAUAGACAUUAAGAAUGGACUGCUAACUCUCAAGGUAGGGGAUGAAAAAGUGGAGUUCAACCUGUUCAGCGCAAUGAAGCACAAACUUGAGCCUGACGAAUGCUUCAGGGUUAAUAUAAUUGAUAAGCAAGUUGAAGAGGAAUUCCAUAAAGCACAUAUGAAAGAUCCUCUUGAAACAUGCAUUGUGCACAGCCACACAGCUAAUAAUGAAAACACAAAAAUCACAGCCUGUGCAAAAUCCCUAGUAGAUAAUCCACCAUUAUCCAUGGCCCAAACUUUUAAGGUGGAGGAGUUAAAGGAGGAACAGCCCAAAGGCAAGCUUCGGGAAAACACCAAACAGGUAGAACUGAAACCUCUUCCCUCUACGCUAAGGUAUGCAUUCCUAGACUCAAAUUCUGAAUAUCCUGUGAUUAUCAAUGCUAGCUUGUCUGAUAUAGAAGAGGAAAAAUUGUUAAGAAUGCUUGGGACCCAUAGAAAGGCAAAUGUGAUCGCUGAUGCUUUGAGCCGUAAAACCAUAGUGAGUUUAAAAGUUUCUCCUUUGUCCAUGGUGCAUGAAUUAAGAGCACUGUAUGCUAGUUUGGAGGUUGAUGAUGAGGGGUAG